AGAGUGCAUUUAUUUGCCUUGUGCUUCUCAGCAGGUUUCUGGGUUUCUGCCAUGGGUGACAGGAGAACAAACAAUCACUCAGAAGUGACUGACUUCAUUCUCGUCGGCUUCAGGGUCCGCCCAGAGCUGCAUAUUCUCCUCUUCCUGCUAUUUCUGCUCGUGUAUGCCAUGGUACUUCUAGGGAAUGUCGGGAUGAUGGCCAUUAUAAUGACUGAUCCCCGGCUGAACACACCAAUGUAUUUCUUCCUAGGCAACCUCUCCUUCGUUGAUCUCUUCUAUUCGUCUGUUAUUGCACCCAAGGCUCUGAUCAACUUCUGGUCUGAGAGCAAGUCCAUCUCCUUUGCAGGCUGUGUGACCCAGCUCUUCCUCUUUGUCCUCUUCAUCGUGACUGAGGGAUUUCUCCUGGCAGCCAUGGCUUAUGACCGCUUCAUUGCCAUCUGCAACCCCCUCUUCUACUCUGUCCAGAUGUCAACACGUCUCUGCUCUCAGUUGGUGGCUGGUUCCUAUUUUUGUGGCUUCAUCAGCUCCGUUCUUCAGACCAGUGUAACAUUUACCUUAUCCUUUUGUGCUUCUCGGACUAUCGACCACUUUUACUGUGAUGACCGUCCACUUCAGAGGAUUUCUUGCUCUGAUCUCUACAUUCAUAAGGUGGUUUAUUAUUUCUUAUGCAGCAUUAUUAUUUUGCCUACCAUAAUUGUCAUUAUUGUGUCCUAUAUGUAUAUUGUGUCCACAGUUCUAAAGAUACGCUCCACUGAGGGUCGUAAGAAAGCCUUCUCCACAUGCAGCUCUCACCUAGGAGUCGUGAGUGUCCUGUAUGGUGCCAUCAUUUUUAUGUAUUUCAUCCCUGACAAAUUUCCUGAGCUGAGUAAAGUUGCCUCCUUAUGUUACACCUUAGUCACUCCCAUGUUGAAUCCUUUGAUUUACUCUCUGAGAAACAAAGAUGUCAAAGAAGCCUUGAGAAAGAUCUUGGGGAAAAAAUUGUUUUUAUUUAAUUCUAUUUUAACGUUGCUAUAA